UUAAAUUUAAAUAUUGUUAAAAAUUAAUUCGUCAGCCAGGAUGUUCGAUUAUCAGUUUAGAAAGGUUGGGGGCUUUGUUAUCUUCAUUCUGCCUUUCUGCCUGGAACUGGAUUACCAGAAUAAUUACAUUUUCGACGCUCUGCAACUGGCCGAUCAGCACCGAACCUGGCACAAAGGAAUCGUGGGAGUGGCUGGGAUUUUUAUUAUGGGCAUCGGUAUACUAGGCGCCACUGCGGCCUGGGCUCAUAAGGACGACAAAGCGGUCAGGAUGCUGAUGGCUCUCUUUGGUGUAACCGCACUGCUUGCACUUCUCGGUGGUUUCCAGAUCUUUGGCAUCGUUUUCAUUCAGACAGAAAGAGAUUUGAUGGAAACAUGGACAAAUACCGAUUUGCUGCACAGCAUUCACCUGUAUAAGACCACACCCAACGGAUCUAUUCAGGAGGAAAUAGAUUUCAAACAAUCUAAGGGUCAGUGUUGUGGUUCGCAAAGUUAUCAGGAUUGGCUGGAUCAAAAGACCAAAGAUCACCUUCAAAAUUGGAUUUUGGGGCCAAAUUUUACACUUCCGCUGAACAGAACUGACCGCCGGGAAAGCUUCGCGAGACUUCAACAUCAGUCAAUAGGAUACCAAACGUUCUACAUGCCACCUCCGUCCUGCUGUAAGGUGGAGCAAAGCCGCUGCACUAUUGAUCUGAAAACGCUGGCCGGGUGCUCGAUCAGCUCGGAUCAUGACUUCUGCGAUAUCUACACUGAAGGAUGUGCACCGAAAAUGAACGCCCAUCUGGACACAGUUGUACUAAACGCGACGCUGGUCAUCGCGUUUGUAUUUCUCUUUUUAGAGCUUGCCGGUUUUAUUGCCGUACUUUGCUGUGCUUGGCGAACACUGAACAACAUGGCUCUCAACUACCACAAAAUUAAGGAUGAUGGAAUUCCCCAGCCAGUAACCGGAUCCGCGGGCACAGCUACUCAACUUUCGCUCGAAACAACAAGCUUACAGUCGGUCUCAACAAGCGCACCAAAUUACAGAACCUCGUCUUAGAAUUAUUGCAACAAUGUCAGAUUGUUUGAUAGACAUAAUUUUUCAUGAUUUUAUGCUGAUGUUGCUGGAAUGUGUUGCUAGAGGAUUUUCUGGUGCAGUCUGAAGCAAAAACUAA